AAUCCUUCUGGGCUUCUAUGGAGACUUCUGAAUUCUUUGUACCCGGUUUCAAUCUGGUGUAAACCAAUUAAAUUCCACUUAAUUCGAGUUGUGGAACUGGGUCUUGAAUGAGCCACGUCAAUCGAUUCUGAAAGCGGACGUUGGUUGUGCUGCAGAUUUAUAUAGAAAUCACAAUCUAUAAAGUGACGAAAGUGGAAUUGUAAACAUGAUUGAAAUAGAGUCAAUGACAAGAUAUGUCUCCCCAGUGAGCCCAGCGAUCUUCCCACUUUUAGCAAUCAUAUUAUUGGGAAUUGGAAUAUUCUUCACCGCGUGGUUCUUUGUUUAUGAAGUCACCAGCACAAAAUUCACACGUGAUAUCUUCAAAGAACUUCUUGUAUCUUUAGUUGCUGCCAUAUUUUCCAGUUUUGGCGUUUUAUUUCUGUUGCUUUGGGUUGGAAUAUAUGUUUAGAUUAUUAAAACUGAUUUGCUUAUGUAUUGACGAGUCGUUACUAAUUCAUUUAGAUGAUUUUCAUGAUUCCACUGAAACCGAUUCAAAUUUUAUGAUCGUUUCGGCUGUACGUAUAAUCUUUGAUACUUGAUUUAUAUCGUUAAGUCACUAUCUGUACUUACCCAAAAGGAUCCUUGUAAAUACAGCCAUUUUCAAAUGUAAA